AAGUUGACGAAAGUCUUAUUUAUAUGCCAAACAGAAUUGCUAUAGAAUUAGCAAGACAAUUAAAUACAAAUAAGAAUAGCAGCAAUAAUGAAGAGAGUAUAGGUAGUGAAAAUAGUAUAAGUGAAUCUGAAACAGUUUCUUUAGUAGAAUCAAUAGAAACCGAAAAUAUUGAGCAUGAAACUGAAAAAGAAAUAUCUCAAAUUA